AUGGCCAUGUUGGGAUGGCCAGUUGACCAUCAGAGGAAAAUCGUAAAGGUAUCGCCUGCUGCAACAGGUAUUCCACUGCAACACAACAUUGUCGGGUCAUAUAACGAAGUCCCUAACUUGGCGUGGAGAAGUCUUUCUUCGAAAGAAGAAGUAAUAGAUGACAAAACACUGUCGAGUAUGUUAUUCACAGCGGGAGAAUCAUUCGAUAUUGUGAGUUCACCGGUAGACGCAGAGACAAUCAGUUGUGGAGCAAAACGCAAAAUUUGGAUGAAUGCUACUCGAUUGCAUAAGCUUUGUCUUUCAGACACCUUGCCAGAAGCAGAUGGUUUAUAUCACUGGAAAGAUGUGUGUAUCACAGACGCAGAAACAAAUGAUCCUUGUAAAGAUACGUUCGCAAUUGAGGUCCAUAAUGGCGGGAAUUUUCGAGUUUACGCGUUAGAAUUACUCAGAAGAGACCAAUACGGACUAGAAAAUGACACUGUCGCCUACUGUUUUGAUCUAUCGAUACCUGGUGAUCCCUGUUCAGAUUGGACCCCGCCUGUACUUCCCGGCCUAGAGUACCAUCGACCUGUUAACACUUACGUUACACAGACUGAUGACAGCCUGGUUCAUAACUGGUAUAGUGCUAAACCAUACCAGAUGGUUACAGAGAGUCCGGAUUUAGACCUAACAAAUCGAUGUGGGGCAAACUCUCAAAUGUGGAUGAAUGACUCUCUACCGGAAGCGGAUGGAAAACAUCAUAUUCGGAAACUUUGUGUCACAGAUUUUGCGACGUCAAGAACAUGUGCUGACAGUAUUCAUUACACUUUUAUCAAGAAUUGUGGGAGACAUUAUGUGUAUUUCCUUACCAGUUCUCCAAAACAUGACAGUGCAUACUGCUUUGAUAUCCCCUCGGUUUCUGGUGAUCCAGCUCCAGAUUUUACGCCAAGCAAUGUGCAGAUCAAGACAAGUCUGAAGUGGAUUCCUUACGGUCUAACUUCCUUUAAUGAGAUGCCUAACCUGCAGUUUCAUUGUUCUUUCGAUGAGAAUAACGAAACAGAUUUGUUCUACAGCGUGUACUUCUACGUGAACGGCGAUUAUCUUGACACUGAUAUCAUUAUCCAGGAUCCCUCUUAUGCAUUUGUUACUGAUCUGCAACUCCAAUUUCUCGGAUAUGCUGCUGGAAUAACGAUUUCCUGCCAUGUCGGAGCUAGAUCAUCAAGGGAUGGCAGCACAGGUAUAACAACGAAAAGUCCAGGAUUCUACGCUGGUAUCAAGAUGCUGAAUUCUUCCAUUGAUGUUAAGCGUGGAGAAAAGGGAGUUGUGAGUUUUUACCCCACCAUUCCGUACGGUUGCGUGAAACAUUCGACAAAUCCUGAAUCUACCUGUCAACUGACACUUUAUAUAUCAAGCGACGCAGCAAAUAACAUUUGUGACAGCAACAGCAUUCAACAUCAAUGUACGGUAGAAGUGGCAGGUGUGACAAAGGACAACUACAACAGUGCAUCACCUUGGACAUCGGAAACAAACUAUGAGUUUGAAAUUGCAACAUCAGAAAGCAAACAGGGUUCCUAUUACUUAGCCAAUUCGAAAUUCGUACUGAAGUUACAAACCAAAAACCCUAGUCACCAGUUUUGGAAGAAUAUUGAAUCUGAGACAGUCACAAUCAAUGUUUCUGAUACAGAAGGAGCUGAGAUCUGGCAGGGCAAGGUAUGCUCUGUCCAUUGUGAUCCCCAUCAUUUAACAUUCGAUGGAUUGAGAUUUGAACUUCAGAAACGGGGUCGUUUUUUAUUGAUGAAAACUGAGGAUCCCCCAAUGCAGGUACAUCUUAGUUAUGCGGUCACUGACGUGUGGUUAGAUCAAGACUGUGUACGGGACAAAGUCUUAGGAAAUCCUUUUGCAAUCCCCUAUUGUCCAACGUCUUGCAUCGCAAACUUUUAA